AUGAUCGUCACAGGGAUGUUUAAGAUUUUCAAUUGCAAUGUGAGCUUGGAGUUUAGAAGAAAAGUUAGGGGGUCACAUCUUAAUAGAGGAAUAAAUGAAAUACAGUAUAACUCAUAUUCUGAGCUCUUUGAGAAGACGCUGAUGGAGUUUGAAGUAGAUGAAGACGAUAGGUAUCUGAUAAUGAAGCAGAUUAAAUCAAUGAAGUGCUUAAUAUGCAGAUUAGAUUAAGUCGUUGCCUAGUAGGACUGAGAUUUGCACCCCUACACGCUCAUUGCGAACUGAGAAACCCGGCGGACAUUCUACUUGUUGCCUCGAACAAGGAUUCGCGCAACCAGUCUUGACUUUAAUAGCUUCUGUAGCCUAAGGACCAAACACCUGGAUCGAAACUCCCAGUUUCUUGUUGGGCUAAUACCAUCUCUUGAGUCCUGUUCGAGGGAAUCAACUUUCACUGGGGGCUGUAGCCGAUCUUGUCAUUUCCAAUGGUUGCUAGAGGAGAAAGCCCAAGUCCCAUGGAUUAGCUCCCUGAGCCCAAGUAAAACCUAGCCCGAUAUACACAAAGGGAUUCCGGCCCAUUUCCACCUAAACCCCCACCACUGGGAUGUUGCCUGCUCGUGUUGAUGAAAUAGGGUCGAGAGGUCAGGUGACACAUUGUCGCCAUUUUUAUGUAUAUUUAAUAUGCAGAUAA